UUUGUUUGAUAUAUAUAUAUAUAUACUGUUAAGAGAUUUCUUGGAUUUUUUUAGGGUUAGGUUCCUUUUUUUGGAAGGACGAAUUCAGAUGCGUUGUCAAUCAGCAGAUAGAGGCAUUUUUUAUUUUACCCGUACUAAUUAAAACCAUCUAUUUAGUUAUUUUGUUAUCCGACCCAUGUCAAUUUCACAGUUCAUAAUGUAUGGGCAAAUCAAUGAAUCUGAAACCUAGAGCUUACCGAUGAGUACCCUCGUAACUGGGUCAGGUUGUUCGUUGCCACGGGGAAGAUAACAAAGAAGAGUGGAAGGAGAAUUUUCACUUAUCACAUGGAAUCCAGUUUAUAGGAGUUGCUUGUUGUAUACAACCAUAAUCAGAGACGGUCUUGGUUUUUCUUUGAUUCUAGCUUUCUUUUCUCUGGAUGUUUUUUUCACGUUAGAUUUUAUAAUCUGAAUUAGCAAUGGACUUUCUUGCGUUUUGAUGUUGAUUUUAGUCCAAGGAUUGGGACACAUGGUUUGAUUUUGCUGCAACAACCAUCAUGAACCAACAAGUAGCAACUGGAGCUUGCAUGAAUGAAGGUGCUGGUGCAAAGCAUAUGAGUUAUUUAACAAGUAGGAAUCAAUCUGACACUUCAGACGAGGAGGUAGCAAUGAGUUGCAUUGUGGCAGACUUGUUUGCUUCGCUACAAUUCGGAAAGCUGGACGACAUCCGCCCCUUAGAAGAAGUUAAACAUAGAGAUAAAUUUGAAGAUUCAACUGGAACUGGUUCGGGUGACGGUGCUGGUGUGGAGGAUGCGAGUUGUCUAACAAACAAGGAAGCCCAUUAUAUUUGGACUUCAGACGAGGAGGUAGCAAUGAGUUGCGUUGUGGCAGACUUGUUUGCUUCGCUACAAUUCGGAAAGCUGGACGAUAUCUGCGCCGGAGAAGAAGGUAAAAGUAGAGAUAAAUUUGUAGAUUCAACUGGAACUGGUUUGGGUGACGGUGCUGGUGUGGAGGAUGCGAGUUGUCUAACAAACAAGGAAGCCCGUUAUAUUUGGACUUCAGACAAGCGUGAUGAUGGACCAUACGACUCGGAUGAUUUGUCGAGUGAGGAGCAUAAAGGUACUGAAGGGACAGAUGAGCUUUAUGAGUUUCUAGCACGAAAUGGGGAAAAGCACAAUGGUCAAUAUAUACCAUUUCGUGAAAUAGAGUAUGGUAACUAUCAUGAUUAUGAUAUCUCUAAACACCCUAGUUAUUAUCAUCUCAAAUACUAAGUAGUAAAACCUCGUGUUCUUCUAGACUUGAAAUAGUACAUCAGUUGAAAUAUGUCUCGAGUAUCAUAUUAGUUCUUUGACUAAAGCUUUGUAAGACCGUCAGGUUGGUUCAUAUUAUUCUACCACCACUUUUUUGUUCUCCCUGUUCAGCACUGAUGAACUGUUUUUACCAUCUUCAUCUGUUCCAUGUAACUAGGGGAGAAUUCCUAUUCCUGAUUUUUUAGUUUCUA